AUGUCUACUCUGUGUAGUUUGAAGGUGGUACUCCCAUCAUCAAGUCCUGGCCUGAGGAGCGGUAUAGCAUCCUUAUCCACUGCCUUAAGAGGCUUUGCUACGGCCAGACAACAAACAAGUAGCGAUAUUCAAGCAGCUGUGAAAACUUUGAUGAGGGACAUAACAGCAAAAGAGAACGAGGACACUGGCGAUGCUGAUCCCCUGGCUGUUAACAAGGUCGUGAAAGGAGCAAAGACAGGGGGUCUGGACGAGCCUAUCCCUCUUAAUCGGGCUGGCUUGAUUGAAGCUGUCAAAGGUGUUCAACCGACCCUCUUCGACUCAGCAGCAGCCUCUAUAGUAAGGAAGCUGUGUGAGAUAGAUGCCGCGAUAGUCUCUUUGGAAAACUCAACUUCCACUGAAGGCAACGGUAAGGUUGGUCGUUACACUCCUGGCAAUGGUAAAACAGCUGCCGUCAUCACUGAUAUGGAGAUGGAUAACCUCUUGAAGGCUGUUACGGACAGCGCUAUAGCAGUAGCUCUAGGGUACUCCCCUGUCACCCUCUACUGCCCCACUGAGGUGGCUGAGCUGCCUAGAGUCCUCCUAGCUGGUCGUGGAGUAGAUAUACUCACGAAAGAUGUCACUGCUGAUAUGAUGCAGAAUGUCUCAGUGAUCAGCUGCCCAGCAUCGUAUCCGCGCUCACGUCUCUUCUCCCCGGAUGAUGACGUCACAUCAUCAACUACCAAGGUUCAGUCGUUGGGCCGAUGGUCACAAGGGACAGCUUGGAUGCGCUUAGGGAGGCUUUUCAAUCGAGGGAAUACCACCAGCAAAUAUGAGUUGCCACUCUUGGCCGAGGAUGCGCUCACCUUCUUAGAGCCCUCAGGCCAGAAGAAGUUGAUGGAGGUCUUGGACGAAACUUUGGAUGUCAUCAGGAGUGUAGCCAACGAGUCGGGUGUUAUCGAGCGUACGACAGCUAAAGAUGAGACUAGAGUACGGCAUCUACUCCUAGCAUCACCCGAACCCUAUGAUGCACUAGUGAAGACCUCUGUUUUCGAUGCUACCAUGAAGGAGCUUGCGACUACUGAUAAUGAGGAAACUAAAACAGUACUUCACUAUGUGUCGUUGGAUGGAGAGCCCAUCGUGGAUCCAGCCAAGAGCUUUAGUCGUUUCACAUCUCGAAGUUUGGGAUGGCAAACAAUUACACAUACUUCUUACGAACAUCUCUUGAACUGGCUCAAUGAGCAUGAUUACCGCACACCAGAGUUCUACAGCACAGUCGACUAUAACCUCCUUCCUAAGGAGUUCACAGACGCUGUCGACGUUGUCAAUGACAGGUUCUCUCUUGAUGCAGUUCAACUAUCGUCGUGGUAUAUAAACGAUUACCUUGCUGGUGGUGGAGUCGUUCUUGAUCCUAACGAGAUGGUCAGAGACAUUACUACCAAGCCUCAACCUAGGAAUGAUAUGUUCGGUGGCUUCGAUGAUGCUACAGAUCCGAUCACUGACUUGUCCGAAUUCAGUGAUGAGGACUCUGGUGACGAAAUAGAGGUUGAUGGAGAGGAAAAGUCCAAUGACAAGGCGACACAGAGUGACGAUGUUUCGGAUGAUGCCAACAUAAAGAAGAAGAUCAUCAAAGAGUUUGGCUCAUUGAAGGAUGCCACUCCUGCCGAGAAUAAGGAAUAGAGGAAGAGCAUGUCCACCCAUCGGACAGACGAUCAUUUGUUUCAAAAUCGUUUCAGUGCGA